AUGGCUGACUUGCUUCGCGAAAGCAUUGAAGCAAAGCAGCCGAAAAAAGGUCUCCCUGCUGCUGAGCAUAUGUCAUACACGCCCUCAUCAAGAAUAGGGGCUACGUUUUCCUUCGUACCACCACCAUCGAAUCCUUCUCACUUUGACGCACAAAGCAAGAUGAAAGAACCAGCGCUUACAACCCAUCACGAUCAGCACACGUCACCGAAUACAAGUCCCAAUCCUAACAAGCGAAUAUGCAUUCAGCGGCCUCACCCGAAUGCGUCGUGCGCUUCUAGUACACCAUCAACGACUCAUGCGGAUUUUCCCUCUGAAACAGGAAGCACGUACUCUCGUACAACACUUCAAAGUACUGAAGUGUGCAUGGAAGCUAGGGGUGGAUACAGUCGUCCGAUGAGCCCUUUUCAACACUCGUUUAGUCCCAAGCAAAGCAUGGAUGACUCUGUGCCGACGCCAACGAUGCAUGAGCCAGUCCAUCAAAUCAGUCCACCACUGACAGCAAGGACACCUAAACGAGCUAUAUGUCAGCAUGAGGACAACGAGAAUUAUGCAACAAGCGCAUAUGAGAGUGAUGAAAAUGAUGAUUGUGCCAACAAUGCCUCUCAAGAUGCUCUCGAGUUAUUGAUUGACGCUGUGUAUGAACCAGAGUAUCCCAACGCGAACUCCAACGAGACACCUGUCGACGAGCAAAUUAACACCAGUCCACUAUCUGCGCAACGUUCCGCAUCGAGCACGCCGCCAACUCCUACUUUGGUGCGUUUAGGGCAAGAAAAAUGCUCUGAUACUUUCACUCCUGCAGCUAGCACAGUACAUCCGACUGUGUCGACACAGGAAUCAGAGGGCAUACGCGCAUCUUAUCCAACUCAGCCCCGUUCACCUGCUGCUGCAUCGUCGGAAAUGUCAGUACGUCAGCGCCACUCUGCGUGUGUCGGCUCUUUGUCUGCUAGUCGGGAGACGGAAUGGUUCACCCCUGACUUACCAGUCGGCACCGAUUUGGAGCAACAAUAUCAUGAAUCAGUUUCUGAUGCUGACAAACGACGUCCUUACGUUGAUAGGAACGAUGGAAGACAAAUGCACAGGCAAAGGCUCUCUAAAAUGUCGAUGGGGAAGAUGGCUCGUCGAAUGCGAUCAUUCCUCGAGUCAUCUCCAGCUACCACGCGAGAGUCUCUGCCAAACAGGAGUGACAAAGAUCCAAAAAGCUCAAAGCACAAUAAACCGCAGCUCGAUCCUGAUUAUUACGGCGUGGCUGAUGCAAACAUGCUUCGACAAGCCUUGUACUCGUCCACGAAAAUGCCCACUUCAACCGUCCCUGUCAUUGCUACGCUUCCCAAGCCCAAGGAUGAAAAUGAGCCACCUUGCUCUGCGGUUCGAGUACGGUCUCUUCGAACGACACGUAAGCUUAACGUAACGAACGGAGCAAAUCCUGCAGCGGCAGCAACAAACACAUCACCCGAGAAACUUUCAGCCAUACGCUCUGGUCGUUUGUUGCGUUGA